AUGGAUUCGCAAGUGACCGACCAGGCCGAUACGAGAGCUGACUGUGCGGUCGCAGUGAGCGCAUGAUUAGUCUGAGGUGUCCGUGUGGACGACGGCUACGUAGGAGGUGGUGGUCGUGUUGGGGAUAGACAGAUUGGGUGUGGCUGGUGAGUAUGAGGGGCGGACAAAUCCGCUCUCGUGGAGGAGGAGGAGGAGGAGGAGGAAGAGGAAGACGAGGCGGAGGAGGAGGAGGAGGAGGAGGAGGAGGAGGAGGAGGAGGCGGAGGAUAAGGUUUUGGAUGAGGAUGAGGAUGAUGAUGAUGAUGAUGAUGAUGAUGAUGAUGAUGAUGAUGAUGAUGAUGAUGAUGAUGAUGAUGAUGAUGAUGAUGAUGAUGAUGAUGAUGAUGAUGAUGAUGAUGAUGAUGAUGAUGAUGAUGAUGAAUAG